AUGAAAUGUCCCUCCUUUUCUUGUAAAAGCAAAUAUUACCAUCAUACAUCAAAGUAUAAUUAUUUAUCGGAUGAUGAUGACUUAAACCUAUUUUUAAAAGACACACAAAAAAAAAAAAAUUUCAAUUAUCUUCUAGAAAAAGCUGUAAACAAUAUAAUUUAUGAAACAAAAAAAAAUUGUGACAUUAGUUCAGAUGUAGAACAAAUAGAAAAAUUGAAUUACGAAAACGUAGAAGAAUCAGAAAAUGAAUCAUUAGAUGAUAUUGAUAUUAUAUUAAAAAAAAGUAAAUCAGAAAAUAUGUUUUUAAAAAACAAGAAUAACCAAAAUAUUUACUUACCUCCUAAAAAUAUUAAACACAGAAUAUAUUCUACAAACCAAGAAGAGAAUCAAAAUGUUGAAAAAAAAAAAAUAAAAAAUAAAAUUAUAGCAUCUCAGAAUGAUAAAAUUAUAGAAUCGCAGAAUGAUAAAAUUAUAGAAAAUUUUAAAAAUGUCUUAUGUAAUGACAUUAAUCAAUAUUUUAAAGAUAUAUUCAAAAAUUUAAGAAAUAAUAACCUAUCCACAAAUACACCAUUGAAUGAAAAUAUAGAAAUACAAAAUAAAAUAAUACAACAGAACAAAAAUUUUAAUAUAUCAAAUGAAACCUCUGAAGAAAUAAUAUCUAAUACAUUCAAAAAUAAUUCAAAUAAUUACUCUUCUAUUAUGCAUAAUAAUGUUAAUUCCUAUAAUAAUUCAGAAUAUAACAUAAGUAUAAAAGAUACAUAUGUUCCGAAAAACUUACAACCAUCUAAUGAUAAUAAAGCAAAGAGUAAUACAUAUAGAAAGAACAAAUAUACUAAAAAAAAUAAUAAAUUUACUUCUAUCCAUCUUAAUAACAACAAUAAUAGUAAUAAUAAACUGUAUACACAUCAUAUGAAUCAUAAGAAAAAAAAAAAAAAAAAAAAAAAAAAUUCACAAGAAAAAAUCUCAAAUCAUCAACAUGACAAUAUCAUGGACCAAAAAAAAAAUUUUUUUGAAAAUAAAAAAAAUAUUCAUAAUAAGUAUUUUGCAAAUAGUUAUAUAGAUAAUAAUACUGUAAAAUCGUUUCAACUAAUUUCAAAUGUGCAAAUUGAUGGUAUAUCUAAAGAUCUAAUAAAUUCUAUGGAUAACCUAAAUAACUGGGAAUCCUCAAAAGAUAAUUGCAAUGAAACACCACGUGACGAUUUUACUUUUAAUCAUUUUCAGAAAAAUAAGAAUAACAACAUCUUAAACAAAUUAAGAUUUUAA